AUGACAAACGCAAGGUUAUGGUACAGUAGUAUCCUCGAUCUAUAUACCUUCCCCUAUUCAAAUCGUCCCUGCGACAAAUUACGGCCUAACGUCGGAGAAUUCUGUACCUUCUGUAACUCGUCCGAAGAACAUCACCUCCAACUGGUGCUUUUGGCCCUUCUCUGGAUUCAUACAUUUGCAUCGCCGGUACCAUUAUCGAACGAGGUUGAGGUCACCAAGAGAGGCGCCAGGUUGAAUGAGCUUUUGAAAAAUCUUACCGGCCACCUCCCCACCAUCAGCGAAGCUCUGACCGAAGGGACGGCUAUUAUCACUUCCUUCAGCAAGCUCCUAGGUGCUUUGACCGGUGCACAGGAGCCUUAUAACGAGGCGGAUGGGAAUUGCGAAGAAUGGACUAUUGAUUUCGCUCGCGGUACAGCUGAGCCAGGAAAUGGAGGUUUAGAGAAGUAUCUACCCAAACAUUACCGGUUACUGAAGAUAGGUUGUUGCUAA